GGGAAUUAUAUUGCUGCUGGUAGAGCUACGCCUAGCCGGUAACACGACCGAAGACGACGUGUCUUUAGGUUUGGUUGUUUAAUUGCCGUGUAUCGGAACAGCAUGUCUACCAUCGAGGAGCUGAAAGACAGAAUCAAAGAGCUGGAAAAUGAGCUCUUGCGGUGUAAAGAGAGCCAUCACACCUGUGGCGGUGGGGAGUUACUUCACAGACCACGAAUUGAAAAGAUGAGUGCAGAGGUGGUGGAUUCAAAUCCUUAUAGUCGUCUAAUGGCUUUGAAAAGAAUGGGAAUUGUUGAAGAUUAUGAGAAAAUACGCACAUUUUCUGUGGCUGUCGUUGGUGUUGGAGGAGUUGGUAGUGUCACCGCAGAAAUGUUGACAAGGUGUGGCAUUGGUAAGUUAUUACUUUUUGACUAUGAUAAGGUUGAGCUGGCAAAUAUGAACCGGUUAUUUUUCCAGCCACACCAAGCUGGACUGAGUAAAGUUGAAGCUGCAGAACAUACUCUCAGGAAUAUUAAUCCUGAUGUUCAGUUUGAGACACACAAUUAUAACAUCACAACAGUGGAUAAUUUUUCACAUUUCAUGGAUCGGAUAAGUAAUGGGGCACUGGAAGAGGGGAAGCCAGUUGAUCUUGUUUUGAGCUGUGUUGACAACUUUGAAGCUCGUAUGGCAAUCAACACUGCAUGCAAUGAACUUGGACAAAUAUGGAUAGAGUCUGGCGUCAGUGAAAAUGCUGUUUCUGGACAUAUUCAGCUCAUCAUUCCCGGAGAAACAGCUUGCUUUGCUUGCGCACCCCCCCUCGUAGUAGCUGCCAACAUAGAUGAAAAGACACUCAAGCGAGAAGGGGUGUGUGCAGCAAGCUUGCCCACAACAAUGGGGGUCGUUGCAGGACUUUUAGUGCAGAAUGUGCUCAAAUAUCUGUUGGGAUUUGGGUCAGUCAGUUAUUAUUUGGGGUACAAUGCAAUGCAAGAUUUCUUUCCCACAAUGACUAUGAAACCAAACACACAGUGUAAUGAUGUGCACUGCAGAAAGCAACAAGAAGAGUACAAAAAAAAAGAGGCUGCUAAACCAAAACAGGAACAAUUGACAGAAGAAGAAGAAGAAAAAGUGAUUCAUGAGGAUAAUGAAUGGGGCAUAGAACUUGUUUCAGAAAUUACUGAAGAAGAACUGAAGGCAGCUUCCGGCCCUGUUCCCAACUUACCUGAAGGAAUCACUGUGGCUUAUACUAUACCAAACAAGGAGGAUGCAUCAGCCAAUGGAGAAUCUGUUCAAGAAUCUGACGAAAGUCUAGAAGAACUUAUGGCACAGAUGAGGAGAAUGUAGAGUUAUUGUUUCCUUUUAUUAAUCAUGUUGCUAGUUGUCACUGAAAAUAUUGCUUGUGCUCUGCUUUUUGUUAAUGUAUUUACAAAAGAAAAUAUUUAAUUUAUUAGUUUGAAAUGCAGCAUCUGAGAACCAGUGACCACCACUGCAUUAAAAAGAAACAAACUGCCCAGUUUAGUGACCUGUUCUACUGACUGACUAAAACAUUUCAUGUUAAUGGCUUAAAAAUGAAUGCUUAGGAGGACUUCAGGCUCAUUAGGUUACUAAUAUUGCUUCCAAUGUAAGAUAAUCGUGAGGCAUUGAUUUAAAUAAAAAUUCAGCUAUGCAUUUCAUUUUC